AUGGCAGCUUCUUUUUCUCUCUUUCUUUCUUUCGCUUUGCUCCUUGCUCUACCAUUGGCAUCUGCAAUUUCUCUAGACCAAGAGCAACCAAACUUAUCUUCAACCAUUAACUAUCCAAUUCUUCAAGCAGAAAAGCUCAUUAGAGACCUUAACUUGUUUCCCAAGGACUCCAUUAACAUUGCAGCAGCAGAAGACCCUUCAUUUUCAUCUUCAGGGAUUGUAGAGAAAAGCUUUCAGUUUCCUUUCAUUGGAAGAAGAAAAAGUCAAGGCCCAUCAGUUCAAGAACUUGGUCACCAUGCUGGGUAUUAUCCCCUUCCACAUACUAAAUCGGCAAGGAUGUUCUACUUAUUCUUUGAAUCAAGAAACAGCAAAAAGGACCCUGUUGUGAUAUGGUUAACAGGAGGGCCAGGGUGCAGCAGUGAGCUUGCUAUGUUCUAUGAAAACGGUCCUUUCCAAAUUGCAAACAACUUGUCUCUUGUUUGGAAUGACUAUGGCUGGGAUAAGGCCUCAAAUCUUAUUUACGUCGACCAGCCCACUGGAACUGGUUUCAGUUACACUUCUGACGAUGAUGACAUCCGUCAUGAUGAAGAAGGUGUUAGCAAUGACUUGUAUGACUUCUUGCAGGCAUUUUUUAGUGAGCAUAAAGAAUUUGCUGCAAAUGACUUUUACAUCACUGGCGAAUCAUAUGCCGGGCACUACAUUCCUGCAUUUGCAUCCAGAGUUCACCAAGGAAAUAAAGAAAAGCAGGGAAUUCAUAUCAAUCUAAAGGGUUUUGCGAUCGGCAACGGUCUUACCAAUCCUGAAAUUCAGUAUAAAGCAUACACUGAUUAUGCCUUGGAAAUGGGAUUGAUUGGAAAAUCUGACUUCGACAGCAUAAACAAGUUGGUCCCAGGCUGUGAGAAGGCAAUCAAAACUUGUGGUGCUGAUGGGGGAAGUGCUUGUGUAUCUUCUUACGUCAUCUGCAACCAGAUAUUCAACAGAAUCAUGGGCAUCGUCGGAGACAAAAACUACUAUGAUGUUAGAAAGGAAUGCAUUGGAAAUCUCUGUUAUGACUUCUCAAACAUGGAGAAAUUCCUCAACGAAAAAUCAGUAAGAAGCGCACUCGGAGUUGGGAAUAUGGACUUUGUGUCAUGCAGUAGUAAGGUGUACAGUGCUAUGCUUAUGGAUUGGAUGAGAAAUCUUGAGGUUGGCAUUCCAGCUCUCAUUGAUGACGGGAUUAAGGUGCUGGUGUAUGCAGGCGAAUAUGAUCUGAUAUGCAAUUGGCUUGGGAAUUCGAGGUGGGUUCAUGAAAUGAAUUGGUCUGGUCAGAAAGCAUUUGCAGCAUCCAAAAUUGUUCCAUUCCUAGUAGAUGGCAAAGAAGCUGGGCUUCUCAAAAGCCAUGGACCUCUCUCUUUCCUAAAGGUUCAUAAUGCUGGUCAUAUGGUGCCAAUGGAUCAGCCAAAGGCUUCACUUCAAAUGCUUCAGAGUUGGAUGCAGGGCAAACUUGGCUUAGAUGACAUACAUGAAAAACUUUCUCCAAAAUGAGAUUCUUCCUCAUCUCUCUCCCUUUGUUUAAAAAGCCUUAUUCACACACUCAUCACUAAUUGAUUGUCUGUAUGAUUGUGUAUUGUGUUAAAUAUUAUUAUUGCUUUGAUUUUAUGUUCUUAAAAUUUAUUGUAUUGUUCUAUAUUCUGAAUAUGUUAAUAAAACUACAGACCACACUUCACUUU